AGAGGUUGCAUGCACUGUCGCUAGAGUUUGCUAAACUUUUUGACGUGCAAUCCUCCUCAGGACGGCUGCCGAUAUUUUGAUAUUAUGCUCAAAUAUUUCGUCUAACGCCAUCAUCUGCUUGAAACUAUUCGCUGUUUUGACACUCUCGUUUUAUCUAUUUAAAUCGUUAAAAUUUUUUUUUAUAUCUAUAUUGUUCCGGGGAAUAUAUCAGCCAAAUCAUGAUUAUGUCUCGAGCAUCAAAGGGAAUGAAAAUGGAGAAUUCGACUUCUUAUGGAUCGGAGUUUUCUGAAAAAGAUUUUAGCAAGCCACAACCUAUUUAUUCAGCGACGAACAGCGGCUUCAGAAGGAACAAUCCGCAUCCCAGCAGAGAGUUUUUGGAGUGGAAGAUUCCUCGAGGAGGCGCCAGGGAGGAGCAGAUUGUUCUGGAUGAAGACAAAUUAAAGGAGGUUUUCAAGAAACAACUUGCCUCUUCAUACCAGCAAGACUAUCUGGGAACGCAACCCGAGGAGGCUGGGGAUAUCGAAGAGAGAAUGGCUGCUUUGAGGACGGACUCUAAAAAAAACUACUACAAGGACACCAGCAUGAGACACUCGUACAACGAACCUAAAGUGGAUGAAAAUCUCCAGGGCAAUACAACUCGUUAUGGGUGCAACGGUAAAAAACAUAAGAGCGCUAUUGGAAUAGUGCCGACAGUGCAACACAGCCCCCAAUCCCUGACUGUUUCCUCCAACACUUCCUACACGACACAGUUCGGCACUGCAUAACUCUCCGACAACUCAGAAUGGCAAUUUUCUCCGUUGCUUAGUUGCCGUAACUAUUUAACAAUACAUCUUUUCGGGCUUCAGAAUUCAUCUUGAUAUGAGAUAUUAAUUGCUCUUCAAGUGGACAUUGAAAGAAUUUGAAUCGUGUUUUAAAGUAUUUUAUGAAAGUAUUCAAUCCCUUUAGUUAAUCAAAUGCGAUAAUAGAAACUCAAUUUUCAUCUUUUA